AAAAAAUCAAUCAAAACAAAGCAGGAUGGAGGGAAACUUUUUUUGAUUACUUUAAAUUUUAUUAAUUUGCCUUUAGUUCUACCUAGUAAAUGUACUGGUCAAAUCAAUCAUGGAUACAGAAACUGAAAUUAAACCUAUCAAUAAAGAUACAGUUCAUAAAAUAUGUUCUGGACAGGUUGUUCUAAGUCUAGCAGUUGCUGUAAAAGAAUUGGUAGAAAAUUCAUUAGAUGCAGGGGCCACAAAUAUUGAUAUACGGCUAAAAAACUAUGGAAUUGAAUUAAUAGAAGUUGCUGAUAAUGGUAGUGGUGUUACAGAAGAUAAUUUUGCUGCAUUAACCUUAAAAUAUCACACUUCUAAAUUAAGAGAUUACUCUGAUCUGCUGGGAGUCACUAGUUUUGGAUUCAGAGGUGAGGCAUUGAGUUCUUUGUGUGCUCUCUCUGACCUUACUAUUACCACAAGGCAUCAAAGUUUAGCUUAUGCCACUAAACUGGAAUAUGAUCAUAAAGGUAACAUUGUGAAAAAAACACCAUGCUCACGCCAAGUGGGAACAACUGUUACUUUAACAAAUUUGUUUUCAUCACUACCUGUGAGAUUAAAGGAAUUCCACAAAAAUGUCAAAAGAGAAUUCAACAAAAUGACACAACUUCUAUAUGCAUAUUGUUUGAUAUCAUUGGGUGUGAAGUAUGUUACCUGUAGCAAUCAAACUUCAACUAAUUCUAAAAGUAUAAUAGUUGCUACUCAAGGUUCAAUGUCCUAUAAAGACAAUAUAGCUUGUGUAUUUGGAGUAAGACAAAUACAGAGUAUUCUUGAAAUCAAACCAGAAUAUAUUAGCAACAUCAAAGAUAAUAUAUUUAAAGGCUUGUCAAGUGAUUUAGAGGAAACUGAAGAACAAUUUAUAGAAGAUGUUGAAAUAAAUUUGUCAGAAGAUUCAAAUGAUGCAGAAAAAAAAACUCUCGACUCUCUAUGUAAUUCACAAAAGUCACAAGGUUACCAAAAUCUCGUAAAACCUGCUGAGUUAGUUGGAUUUAUAUCAUCAUGUGCACAUGGCAGUGGUCGAUCUAGUACAGACAGACAGUUUUACUUUAUAAAUUCAAGACCUUGUGAACCCACCAAAAUAAUGAAACUUAUUAAUGAGCUGUACAAACAAUAUAAUCCAAACCAAUAUCCAUUUGUUUUCUUGAAUGUGAAUAUAGAAAAAGCAUCUGUAGAUGUAAAUGUAACACCAGAUAAAAGGAAGAUAUUUUUGACAAAGGAAAAAAUUAUAUUAGACUUAUUGAAGAAUUCCAUUUCUAAAUUAUUUGAAAGUAUUCCCAGGACUUUAAAAGUUGACUCAUUGUUACAUGUUCCAAAAACAGUUAAUGCUGUUACAGACCAACCUAGAAUAUUUAAUUCAUUUUUACAACAAUUUAGUAGUAAAGUUGUAAGUGAAAGAAUUGCAAGUGAAAAUAAGCAAAGUUCAGUAAAACCGGACUUAAAAAGGAAGUCUACCACAAUGUUGGACUUUAUUUCAUCUAAGCAUAAAAAACAAACAAAUAAUGGAGUUUUGGUUGAUUGUAGGAAUUCUGAUAACUCUUUACAUUCAGAGGAUGAUGAAAAUGAGUUGAUAGAAAAUGAGACUGAAUCAGUAUCUAAUGAGUUGAUAGAAAACGAGACUGUGGCAGUAUCUAAUGAGUUGAUAGAAAAUGACACUAAACCUGUAUCUAAAAAUGAUGAAUCAAUGAUUUUACCAAACAGAAAAUGUGAAACUGAACAAGAGUCUUCUAAAACAAUAUGCUUGGAAGAAGUAAAUCAAAUAUCACCCAUGAGUAGCAAGCAAGAAAUCAUGUAUUUGGAAUGCACUGAUAAAUUACCCAGCACACAAAUUAGAAAUAUAGAUGAUAUAGAAAUACAGAAACAUACUAUUAAAUGUAGAGGUAGUUCUUUGGCAAAAUCUAAUAGUAAUGUUGAUGCUAAGAAAUCUAAAGUUGUGACAGACAGGGAGGAUUUGGGCAAAUAUAAUAGAAGGUCAGUUAAUCUAAAAACGUCUUUAGACCAUGUUAAACAUUUAGUUGAUAUAUACCAUAAAAAUAGAAGCAAAGCAUUACCAGAGAGAGUGAAAUUUAAAAGUACCAUUAACCCUGUAUACAAUAAAAAAUGUGAGGAAGAGCUAAGUAAGGAAAUAUCAAUGGAUUCUUUCAAGAAAAUGACUGUUAUUGGGCAGUUUAAUCUUGGGUUUAUCAUAACACGUUUAGAGGAUGAUCUUUUUAUCAUUGAUCAACAUGCUACAGAUGAAAUCUAUAAUUUUGAAACGUUACAAAAAACAACAGAGCUGACUAGUCAAAAAUUGGUAGUUCCACAGCCCUUGGAAUUAACUGGAGUAAAUGAACAAAUAUUGAUGGAUAAUUUAGAGAUCUUCAAGAAGAAUGGUUUUAUAUUCGACAUAGAUGAAAAAGCCCCACCAACGAAGAGAGUUAAACUUCUAACAAUACCAAUGUCGAAAAAUUGGGUAUUCGGUAAAGAAGACAUUGAGGAACUGUUGUUUAUGUUAAGGGAAUCUUCGUCAGAAUAUUGCAGACCCAGUAGAGUGAGAGCAAUGUUUGCUUCUAGAGCAUGUAGAAAAUCUGUCAUGAUUGGCACAGCCCUCAGCAAGGCAGAUAUGAAGAAACUUGUUAUUCACAUGUCAGAAAUUGACAAACCUUGGAAUUGCCCACAUGGACGACCUACAAUAAGACAUCUAGUAAACUUAGCAUUGAUACAUGUUAAAAAUCAACUUAAAUAAUUUUUAUUGAAGUUUUACUUUUGGAUUUAAUUAAUCAUGAACGAACAAGCAUAGAAAUAAAGAAAGGAUCACAUUAUAUUUACUUUUGUUUAUUGAAAUAUAAUAUUAACUAAACACUAAUUGUUUUAAAUAUAUUGAACCCAGUGUGGGCAGUUGUUACUAUGACUCCUGGGAUUUGUUUAUGCCAGUGCAAUUCUUUGAUAUCAGUUUGACCUUGAUGUAUAAAAAGCAGUUGUGGUGGUAGAUUUUUCAGUUCUUCAUCAAUAAUUUCAUCAUCAUCUCGUUCAACUGCCAAAUCCCACAAAGCCACUUGAUUAUCUUCACCAGCUGAAGCUAGGACACUAGGCUCUGACCAGUGCCAUUCCACAGAAGUGACAGGUCCUGUGUGAUGCUUGAAUGUACCUACUGGUGUAUUAUUUGUGAAUUGUCUUAAAUCCCAAAUAUGUAUGAAACCAUCAUCACCACCGCUAGCAAUAAAUGGUUCUUUAUUAUUCCAAGUUAUAACAUUGACAUCACUUUGAUGAGCAUUUUCACAUGUUAACAUACAUGCUUUGUGCGGAGCAGCUCUUGUAUCCCAAAUCCUUAUAGUUUUGUCAACAGAACACGUAGCCAAAACAUUUCUUUCAUUGGGUGACCACUGUAUAUCCUCUAUAGAGCUAGUAUGUCCCACCAGUGGACGUUGAUCUACAUCCCAAGUACCUGCUUGAUUUGGCUUCCAUAUAUGUAUAUCCUUUUUACAAUCUCCAGUAGCAAGCACACCCAGUUCUGUAGGACACCAAUCUAUUCCAAAACCUUCUUGUUGAUGACCAUUGAAAGAAAAAAGUGGUUUAACUGGAUUUGUUACUGUAUCUAAAUUAUAUCUUUCCAAAACAAGAGGAUCAUCUACAGCUUGUAAUUGCUGUGUUAUAUUCCAUAUAUCCACUCUGCCUAAUUCUGACCAACUGGCAGCCAAAACUGAAUUUUUAUAAUUAGUAGUCCUUAUUCUAUUGACACACCCCUGAUGUUUGAUGAAUGAGAAUGUCAUUUCUGGCUUUUUGUCUAAAUCCUCUUCAUCUUCAUCAUCAUCAUCAUCAUUGUCACUGUCAGAAUCAUUGUCUGCUGACUUUGAUGUAGGGUGCAAGUUUGACAUUUUAAUUACCAGUAAAUUAUUUAAAUGUGCACUGGAUGCUUGGGUGCCGGCAACUAAGUAUGCAGUCAUAGGGAAUUGAUUUCUAUCACUUCCAAGAUUGUCUGGUAUAAUGUCAAAACUGAGACAUGGAGCACCUGUUUGUGCCUGGUGAAGCAUAACAUAUGCUGACUGAUCGCAAACUAGCUGCUCGUCCUCUUGUAAAGGUUGCCCAGGUAAAUACGUUUUUGGGGCCUCGUCUUCUGCAUUACUUCCUUCAUCAACACCUUCCAUAUCUUCAUCACCCUCGCUUGAACUAGACUCCAUGUGAUCUUCAUUUUCGGUCGACAUAUUUCAGGAUGAAUUAAUAACCAAUCUUGUAUCUGGGAAAAGUUUAAGGAAGAAAAGAAGCGCUUCAGACAGAAAAGCAAGUCCUAAGUACAUCACACAACAAAGCACGUGUUUUGGACUUUCGGUUGUCAAAUGCGUAUCUAAUAGUCUGUGGUUGCUGGUUGUCAUUUUGUGAUUUUUUUUUCAAUAUUUA